AUGAAGAAAACGACGCAGUGCAUGGGCCAAGUUCAACCAUUUCUCUCUCUCUUUCUCUCUCUCUCUCACACACACACACACGGACACACGGACGGGUCUACCGAGAGGAUGGGUCGGUGGUCGCCAGCCAUCAGGAGGCUACAACCUCAAUUUACCCUCAUUCAGGCUGGGUUGAACAAGACCCCGAACACAUUGUUCAGACUGUUGAAACGUGCAUCGAACAAGUCGCGCACAAACUCAAAGCCGCUGGUCUCGGUGCCGACCAAAUUGCUGCGCGAGUCCACCGUGGCCUGGUCCAAGAGUACUGGCCGUUUCUUGCACAACGCCAUCAGUGUGUCCCAGGCCAUGAUCGAUGCCACGCCCACCGGCGACAAGUAUCAUUAUCAGAAACAAUGCGGCCUGCCGAUUUCCGACUACUUUAGCGGGGUCAAGAUGCGCUGGCUGAUUGAAAACGUGCCCGCCGUGCGCGACGCACUCGUCAAGGAGGACUGCCUCUUUGGAACCAUUGAUACGUGGCUCAUUUGGUCCUUGACCAAGGGCAAGUCAUACGUCACGGACGUCACCAACGCCAGCCGCACCAUGCUGAUGAACGUCGCACGCCUACAAUGGGACAAAAAUAUGCUCAAGGCUUUUGGCAUUCCUGAGCACGCCCUGCCCCAAAUCAAAAGCAGUGCCGAGGUCUACGGUCACAUUGUACGUUUGAUCUACUUUGCACCUCUCUAUCCCGCCCCUUCGUGCGUCAACAGUGAGGCCACGGGCCCGUUGCGCGGCACGGCCAUUGCCAGCUGUCUGGGCGACCAGCAGGCUGCCUUGCUUGGGCAGCUCUGCCUGAAGAAGGGCAUGGCCAAAAACACAUAUGGCACGGGUUGCUUCUUGCUCUGCAACACGGGCACCAAGCCUACUUUUUCCAAAAACGGGCUCUUGACCACCGUCGCCUUUCAGCUCGGCCCCAACGCCUCGUGCAUGUAUGCCCUGGAGGGUUCGGUUGCCGUGGCUGGCGAGGGUAUCAAAUGGUUGCGCGACCAGCUGGGUUUUGUGAAAUCAGCCGCGGACGUCGAGGCUUUGGCCAAGGAGGUUAAGGAUACGGAUGGCGUGUACUUUGUACCUGCCUUCUCUGGCUUACUUGCUCCCUACUGGCGCGGUGAUGCGCGCGGUACCAUUGUUGGGCUCAGCCAUUCUUCUGGCCGGGCGCACAUUGCCCGUGCCAUGCUAGAAGCUGUCUGCUUCCAGACGCGCGAGCUGACGGAAGCCAUGGCGCGGGAUGCGGGUUUGACGCUGACACAAUUGAACGUGGAUGGUGGUAUGACGGCCAACAACCUUCUCAUGCAGAUGCAAGCCGAUUUGCUGGGCGUCGACGUCGUUCGACCUGACAACGCCGAGUCCACGUCUUGGGGUGCGGCCAUUGCGGCUGGUAUCGCUGACGGAGUGGGUGUGUGGCAUUUGGAGUCUAUCCAUGAACAGCGCAGCACCCAGCGCUUUGAAUCGACGGUGCAGGAUGAAGAGCGGGACGAUCGCUACCGCCAGUGGAGGCGGGCCGUCUCGCGCAGUCUGGGCUGGAUUCAAUCUACGAGCCAACGUGAUCAAAACAAGGGACCUGCUGAGGGCAAGCCCGACAUGACAGCAAAUGGCGUGUACUGGGGUCCUCUGCUGCUCUUCUUGACCAUGACAGGUUUGACGGCCAGUGCGGCUCAAGCUCUCCACUAA